AUGAGAGCUUUCCUCGCGCCAACCAGCAAAAGUUGUCGAUUGGUUCAAGGUCGUUUUGUAUCUGUUCACAGUCGUUAUGCCGGGUUCUCCACUAGGCUCGCGCAUAGCUCUUUCCCUCGUGGCAUCCACUGUCGCGUCCAGCAACCCUUGAAAUCUCCCCAGUAUCGCCUAUACCACUCCAGCUCUCUCAGCUAUGAAGAACCAACCAUCUAUGCCCUCUCCACCGCGUCUGGGAAGGCAGCGAUAGCCGUCAUUCGUAUCUCAGGCCCAGCAUGUAGACAGCCACGCUAUGCCACUCUUCGUAGGCUUUAUAGUCCUCACAUUCCGCCUUCCCCAGCAACAUUGCUCGAUUCCGGCGCACUUGUCCUGCAUUUCCCCGCCCCAAACACAGUGACCGGCGAGGAUGUCCUCGAAUUACACGUCCAUGGUGGUCCUGCUAUCGUUCGUGCAGUGCUGGCUGCCGUAUCUCAAUGUACUGCACCGACUGGAUCAGAAGGCUCAAAUACUACCCAUCAAAUUCGCUACGCCGAGCCUGGUGAAUUCACGCGCCGCGCAUUCGCCAACAACCGUAUGGAUCUACCCCAGAUCGAGUCACUAGGAGAAACCUUGUCUGCUUCUACAGAGCAACAACGCAAGCUUUCUGUUCGCGGUACCACUUCGUCGCUGGCAACACGGUACGAACUUUGGCGCAUGCUGUUACUGCAGGCAAGAGGCGAGCUAGAAGCUUUGAUCGACUUUUCUGAAGACCAACAUUUCGACGAGUCGCCGGCUGUCCUUUGCGCCUCUGUUGCAGAGCAAAUCCGCAACCUACGCGUCCAAAUAGAAGCUCACGUUGCAAACGCAGUUCGUGGGGAAUUACUGCGAAAUGGCAUCAGUGUUGCUCUGCUCGGGGCGCCUAAUGCAGGCAAGAGCAGUUUGCUCAAUCGCAUUGUUGGAAGAGAUGCGGCGAUUGUGUCGCAGGAAGCUGGCACCACCAGAGACGUUGUCGAGGUCGGUGUUGAUCUGGCAGGAUGGUUGGUCAAAAUCGGAGACAUGGCUGGUCUGCGGAAGGCAGGUCUCGUAGGAGCAGAAGUUGUCGGCGCAGUCGAACAAGAGGGCAUAAGGCGAGCUAAGCAGCGAGCGCUAGAGUCAGAUGUCUUGAUCAUAGUUCAAGACGCCACAAGCGACAUGGACCCCGAAGUCAUGGAUACGGCGAAGCAGUGCGUUGAUCUCGGUAUCAACGUAGUUGUCGCUAUAAACAAAAUUGACCGGCUCGAAUCGAGCGACGGUUCACGAGACGCGUGGAAAGAGAAAAUGCAGUCUACCCUCGGCAUAGCGAUGGAUCGGGUCUCUUUCAUAUCUUGCAGAGACGCCGCGACUUCCGCCGCAGACAUCCAGAUGAAGGACCCUGGGCACAUACAGUCGUUCCUCGACAAUCUUCUUGAGACUUUCAAAGGCAUGACUGCUGCUUUGGUUCCCGACUCAGAACCAGAUCCAUCCAUCUGGCAGGAAUCACUUGGCGCAACCGAGCGACAACGUGUGCUACUCUCGGAGUGUCUCGACCAUCUUGAGUCGUUUCUAGCAGUCGCCGGUUCACAUCCUAUCGAUGCGAAUCAGGGUCAAUCGCUCUCGAAUGACGGCCUAUCAGACACACCCAGUGGUGAUGAGGAUGCGGAAGAUAUAGACAUCGUCGUGGCUGCGGAAUCAUUGCGCUCGGCGGCAGAAGCACUAGCCAGAAUUACGGGACGGGGCGAUAGUGGUGACGUUGAAGAGGUUCUGGGUGUUGUGUUCGAGAAGUAAGUGUUCUUUUCGUCGCUCACGUGUUCCUGGACGCCUCACGGCCCCCAAUCUCCAUGAAUCGCCACCCAGAAGUACACAGCCAGCAACAGCCUCUAUUCUUA